UCCUACAUCUGAUACAGACAGGGAGAUGGAAGAGAAAGAGGCCACAGACGAACCCUCAUGGAAGGAGCAGCGUGAAUGUGCUGCCUUUGUAGAGGAAAAAAAGCCUUCCAGUCUCCUCUCUGACAGCAACAACAAAGACGACUCUCCCCCUCCUUCUCCUCCCUGCCAGCCUGCCUCGCUGCAGCGCCAAGACUCAGGGCCCAGAGGCAUCAAGGGAAUCCUAAAGAAAAGCCGUUCCACCAGCGUGGAGUCCGACCACAGCGAGGGCUCGAUGCCUGAGAGCACACUGCCACCGCCGCCAGCACGACAGAGCAGCGUAACCCUCAGCCACCCGGAGAGUGAGGAAGAGACGGAGGAGGCAGAUGAAGAGGAGCAGCAGCAUCAGGAGGAGGAGGACGAGGAGGAGGAGGAAGCAGCAGCAGAGGAGGAGGAGGAGGAGGCGGCCUAUGAGGAAAAUGACAGGGAGGAUGAGUCAUUGACCGAUGAUAUCACGGACGGAGGGAGCUUCAGCAUCGACAGGCAACAGAGGGAGGGCGGCAGCAGCAGCGAUGGCAGCAGUAGAGCAAGCUUUGAGGAGAUGUGGAGCCCCUCACCUGAUGAGAGCCUGGAUAAGACCUCCUCAGUGUCAGAGGAUGUUGAGGAGCUGGAGAGCAGUUUGGAUGGAAGUGUGGGCUCGUCGAUCAAACAGAGACUGGCAGAGUUCACUAGUGGAGGAGAUGAGAAGGUUAGACUGAAGAGGCCCAAGACAUCUGAUCUGAUCCAGAAACCACUGGCUGAUCGCUUCAGUCAGCUCCACGAAGCUGAAAAUGCCUGGAGGAAAAAGAAGUCUAAUGUAGACGUGGAGCCCAAGAUGUCGCUGGUAGAGAGGAUGAAGAUCCUCAAGGAGAAGGAGGAGCAGUGGAAGAGCAAAGGCAAAGGAGCAGCCAACGACUCCAUCCAGUUCACUGUGGCUGGACGCAUGGCCAAGAGAGGUCUUGUGUCAGACACAGGAAAGGAGGAGUCACCUCUUAUUUCUCUCAAGAAGUCAAAUGCCACACCUGUGAAGCCACAUGAAGAAAUCUCCAGCAGAACUGAUGUCAAGGUGGAGGGAGAUAAAAGACUCGACAAGCUUGAGUCCUUCCUAGACAAGCUCCACAAUAAAGGUGUGAGCAAAAGCAAAACAUCCACCAUCGAGGUUACGGCGGAGACUGAGAAAGAGGUGAUGACCCUGGAUGAUGAGGAGACGUUCGGCAACUUCUACAAAUCUAUCUCACCCUCCACACUCCAGGACUCCACUGUGGUCGUUACUGAGGAGGACCUCGGCCAGAUUCAGGCCAAUACACCAAAGCUCACCUCAGCUGUAGCAGAACAUAAGCGCGCUGUGCGACCAGCCCGGAGAAAUCAGGGCUCCAGGAACCCUCUGCGGGCUCUGGCUGCCCGCAACGACCUCCGGCAGGUCUACACCGAACAGAGGCUUAAUGUAGCCACAGUAGAGACCAAGAGGAUCCAAGUGGAGAGAAUGGCAAAACACUCCAACCUGGCCGACGUGGCCUUGGCGGGCCUCGCCAGUAAAGAGAACUUCCGCAAGGUCAGCCUACGCAGCGUCAAGUCCACCGACGUUGUGACCAACAACAGCGCACUGCCUUUCAACAAGCUCAUGCUCAUUCGCAUUAAAGGUCGGAGGCACGUCCAGGUGCGCUUGGUGGAGCCCACAGCCCGCUCUCUAAACAGUGGCGACUGCUUCCUUCUCAUAACACCAAAGCACUGCUUCAUGUGGAGUGGAGAGUUUGCCAACGUCAUUGAGAAAGCUAAGGCAUCAGAGAUGGCAUCGUUUGUUCAGGCCAAGAGGGACCUCGGCUGUAAGGCUCCUCAGGUGACGGUGCUGGAGGAGGGCAUCAACACUGAGAGCAGAUGGGCCAGAGAGUUCUGGAGCCUGCUGGGAGGAAAAACCAAAUACAGAGGGGCAGGGGAGCCAGAGGAAGAUGAACUGUAUGAGAGUGGGGUGCUAGACUCUAAUGGGGUGUACAGACUCCAGGGAGACAAACUGGUGCCUCACGAUGAGGCCUGGGCCUCCAUCCCAAGCGUCUCCUUGCUCAACUCUAAGGAGGUCUUGGUGUUUGACUUUGGCAGUGAAGUGUAUGUGUGGCACGGGAAAGAUGUGCCCUUGGGUGACAGAAAAGUUGCCGUCAAAUUGGGCAAACAGCUCUACAGCGGCAGCUACGACUACAGCAACUGCAGAGUCAACCCUUUAGAUGCCUCCUGCUUAAAUAAGGAUGUGCCUCUGCAGGGGGAGGGUCGUCCAAGCUGGGCUCUGUUUGGCCGAUUGUCAGAGCACAAUGAGACAUCACUGUUCAGAGAGAAGUUCCUGGACUGGGCUGAGAGGAAGAAAGAGGAAUUGGCUCAAGCUGAAGAAAUCAAGAGCCCAGUCCAUUCCACUGUCCGCUCUCCGCUCGACUUGGACCUGCAGCCGUGUGACGCCAGGGCCCUGCUGGACAACGAGCCUGAGCCGGUGAAGACGGUUCUGGAGGGAGUUGACGUCCAGCGGGGCCACGGCCUGGUGAGGACAGGAGGACGGGAGGCAGGCGAGUUGGCCACAGUAGCCGUAGACACCUGGCACAUCAAAGAGCACAGUGAGGAGGAACUGCCAAAAGAGAGCCUGGGCCAGCUACACGAGGGCGAUGCCUACAUCAUCCGCUGGAAGUACUCUGUCACCACACUCGUGGGGAAGCGGCAAAAACCCGGGGAGCUGAGCGCCGGGGCUCCUGGAAGAGAGAGGACGGCCUGCUUUUUCUGGCAGGGCCGGCACUCCAGCAUCAGCGAGAAAGGAACCUCAGCUCUGAUGACAGUGGAGCUUGGCAGCCACAGGGGGUCACAAGUGUUGGUGACUCAGGGGAAGGAGCUACCAUGCUUCCUCCAGCUCUUCCAAGGAGGUUUAAUCAUCCACAAAGGCAGCAGAGAAGACAGUGCAAACAACACAGGUGGCUGGAGGUUGUUCUGCGUCCGUGGUGAGGAAGACGUAGAGGCCUCGCUGGUGGAGGUGGUCUGCCAGCACGCCAGCCUGCGGUCCCGUGCCAGCCUGGUGCUCCUCAAUGCUCAGAAAGCUCAACUCUACCUGUGGCACGGCUGCAAAGCACACGCUGGAGCCAGGCAGGUGGCCAAAAAAGCCGCAGACAAACUAACCCAGAGGCGUCCCUCAGAGUUGGGCCUGAGCAGCACCAGCAGCGUGAAAGUGGAGGAGGUGGAGGAAGGGGCCGAACCCUCGGAGUUUGUGAAAGCUCUGGGCCCGCUGGACAAGAAGGCCUACGACUGCAUGCUCCAGGAUCCAGGGAAGUACAACUACACACCCCGGCUGUUCCGGCUGAGUGCCAGCUCCGGGGUGUUUGAAGGGGAGGAGCAGCUGUAUCCCGCACGGGUGCCAGAGGGAGUCAUGGCGAUGCCUUUCCUGCAGGAAAACCUCUACUCCACACAGCAGCCAGCCCUGUUCCUGCUAGAUAACCGGAUGGAGGUGUACCUGUGGCAGGGCUGGCAGCCUGAAGACACACAGUGCACCGGCUCUGCAAAGAUGCGCUGGGACAACGAGAGGAAAUGUGCCAUGGAGACUGUGCUGCAGUACUGCAAAGAGAAGAACCCUCGGCGCCCCCCUCUGGCUUAUCUGGUCCUGGCAGGCUGUGAACCCCUCACCUUCACCAACAUCUUCCCUUACUGGGAGAAGGAUACCAACAUCACUUCAAAGAUUGAGAGCUCCAAGAACAAGGUAAUCUUGGUGAAGGAGGCGCUGUCUAAGCUCAGUAAGCAGCAAUACUCCAUCGAGGAGCUCACCAGCAAACCACUGCCAGAGGGAGUGGACCCUCUGCGCCUGGAGGAUUACCUGUCCGACGAGGACUUCAAGACGCUUCUUGAGAUGAGUCGAGUCGAGUUCAACGCCCUGCCAAACUGGAAGCAAAAGAACCUGAAGAAAAGCAAGGGUCUGUUUUGAAACUAAUCUUUUGUACUCAAACUUGCCUUUUCUUUAUGUUCUCAGCAGUUUUUCUGGAGGUUUUUUUAUUCCAAGAAAAAAAAAAUUAUGUCCUUAUUUUGUAAAGGGUAAAGAAAAACAAAUGUACAAUUUUGUUCAAAUGUUGAUCUAUUUUUAAAAACAAUGCCAUUUUUAAUGUUUCCCUGUGUCAUUUAAAUAUUUUAGCCAACAAUUAUGUGCAAUUGUUAAUCUUUUUGUUGUUUUUCUUGUAUGGUAAAAAUAGUUAACCUCACAAUAUAAAUAUGUAAUAUACUAUAAAUGAAUGUGUUUUAUGUUUACUCCAAACAUGUUGGUUAUUUUGGGUGCGAAUGUGUUUGUAUGAGAAUUGCCUGUGGUUUAAAGCUGAGGGAGUUAUUCACUGAUUUUUACAUUUCAUGGAGAAAGUCAGCUCCGUUUAGUGGGAUUAAAUUGUUUGGCUACACUUUGAGGUUGACAAAGGAAAGAAGAAAAGCAAAACAAAUCAAAGUUUAGAGAACAAUCUCUAUAAUUAGUGGUCGUUGAAUGAAAUGUGAUGGUGUCAAACCAAGACUGUAUUUUAGCCGUCUCGUGCUAUAAUUGUAACAACAAAAAUAAUCUGUUUUUAUCCUUUUAUCUUUUUCUACUGUAACCAAAAAAGUAUCUUCCAAAGAUUUCCAUAUUAAUCACUGUUAUGAGGUAUUAUUUUUGUCAUCAGAUUGUGACCUCAUGAAGAGCAGAAAUUGGUCAAAAUUGAAACAUUAAUCUUUUCAGCUAUUACACAGAUACAACUGACUGUAGUCAGCAUCACUGAAACCCAUACAAUUUUAAGUUUGGUACUGAAUAUUUCCUGGUUCUCAUGAAUAACUGCGUGUGUGCCAGUGAUGGCAGCCCUCUGAUAAACUGGUUGUUUGGGACCAAAACUAAUCUUUUUGCCUUGUUAUAAAUGUUUUGUGUUUGUGUUUGUGUGUGAGUGUGUGUGUGUGUGCAUAAAUGUACAACAAAAGUAUUAAGUGUGUGUAUGUAAGAGAGACAGUGAGAGAAACUGCAGUAUAAACUGCCUUUUAUUGCAAAACCUGUGCUCCCUGUUAUGUUCAUUGUAUAGAACAUACUGUCAGUAUGACUGCCUGUAAUGUGUGAAUUAGGAGACUCUCUGCAUGAUCACAAACAUGUUUAACAAUCCUAUAUUCAUUUGUUGGAAUAUGCGUCUUUUUUGUGAUACAUAGGAUCUGCAUUAUAUGUGGACGCAGUGACCAGGCCAGCUUUUAUUUCUUGGCACAUAAAAAUGAACAUUGGUGUUAGGGAAAUGAGAAGCUGAUGCUCAGUAUUCCCUUUUUAAAUAAAAUAUUUUUAAAAUGUU